GUUGACAUGUAUGCUAUGGUCUUUGUAUUGUUUGGAUUGAAUGACUGACACAAUGAAAUAGUAAAUACGUGUUGUUAUCAGUGUUAAUUUUCGUUGUUAAUAAUGGCAGCAUUCCAUCCACCAAGUAACGGUGACAUUGUUCAUCUAAAUGUAGGAGGAACAAGGUUUUCAACUUCCCGGCAAACGUUAAUGUGGGUGCCAGAUUCUUUCUUUACAGCCCUUCUUAGCGGACGAAUAUCAAGCCUGCGAGAUGAAACAGGCGCUAUAUUCAUCGACAGAGAUCCGAAAUUGUUUGCAACAAUUUUGAACUAUUUGCGGACGAGAGAUAUUGAUUUAAGUGUGGACUUACGUGCUUUCCGACAUGAAGCUGAGUAUUAUGCCAUUGCUCCCUUAGUGAAGAGGUUAAUGUUGUGCGAAGAUCUCACUCAGUCCUCCUGUGGAGAUGUCCUGUUCUAUGGCUAUCUUCCUCCACCUUGUAUACCUCUUCAGGAACCGAGUACAAGUACUUCGGCACCUUCUGGGCAGCCAGAUAUAUUGGCAGCGGCACAUGUUGCUCGGCCUGGUUCUAUUGUUCGUGUUCCACCGGAGGCACCACCAAAUGGUGCCACUGCAGCAGCUGCUUCUACUCCUCCCAGUGCACCUCCAAUGGCUUCACUCUCUGCUGGAGUCACAACUGCACCUGUACCACAGGCAACAUUACCUGCACCUCACACGCAUUCUCAGAGGCCAUCUCCUGCAGGUGGUCAUUCUCGCAAUUCCUCUCUGGAUCUCAGAGUCUCAUCGUCAAAUGCUGCUUCGAGAAGUUCUGCUGACUUGCGGGCGAUUGCAAGUCGCUCAGCUGUCGGUCACUCACGUGCUGCAUCACUCGACCUGAGGCACACAAGGAACUCCUCUGCAGAUCUCAACAAAUUGUUUCGCAAUGAUGUGGGACUUGUGUUUGGACCUCAUCAAGGUUCAAACUGGAUGGAUCCUUUACGUGUUCAAAUAGUGAAGGCUCAUCACAACUGGAUUGUUGUUGCAUAUGCUCACUUUGUUGCAUGCUACAGGUUGAAGGACUCAAGUGGGUGGCAGCAUGCUUUUACCAGCCCUCAUAUUGAGAGUUGUAUUGAACGCAUAGCCAUUAAUGCAAAAAUGAAUCAGAGUGGUAGUGGUGAAUCUUCUUCAAAAAUGGUAGCUAUUUCCUACGGCAGCCAAGUUCGUCUUUGGGGAGUCUCAGAAGAUGGAACUAGAACUAACAUUGGUAUAUUCAACCUACAUGUAAGAGUUGAGUAUUUGUUCUUCAUUGGAAGUCAGUUGGUAGCACUUUCACCAACAGGAAAAAUUGGUGUGUGGCAUGCAAUGACACAGCACUGGCAGAUUCAGGAUGUAGUGCCAAUAUCGUCCUUUGAUACUGCUGGAUCAUUUCUGCUGCUGGGGUGCAACAAUGGUUCUAUCUAUUACAUAGAUAUGCAGAAAUUUCCAUUGCGAAUGAAGGAUAAUGAUUUACUAGUAACAGAGCUGUAUCACGAUCCGUCAAAUGAUCCGAUUACAGCUAUAUCUGUUUACCUCACCCCAAAAACAAGUUUGUGUGGUAACUGGAUUGAAAUAGCGUAUGGAACAAGUUCAGGAACAGUGCGUGUUAUUGUUCAGCACCCAGAAACUGUAGGACAUGGGCCCCAGCUUUUCCAGACAUUCACAGUUCAUCAGAGUCCUGUCACAAAGGUCACACUGUCAGAGAAAUUUUUAGUAUCUGUGUGCAGUGAGUAUAACCAUGUUCGUACCUGGAGUGUAACUCGAUUUAGAGGAAUGCUUUCCACCCAGCCUGGCUCCACACCUGUUGCCUCAUUUAAAAUUGUUUCAUUGGAUGAAGUGGAACCAAAUAUCAGUUAUGCAGCAGGAAAUGACUGUGGACCAUUUGGUGAACAGGAUGAUGAACAAGUAUUUGUCCAGAAAGUUGUACCAGAGACAGAUCAGUUAUUUGUGAGGUUGGCAUCUAAUGGGAAAAGGGUGUGUGUUAUAAAAGCUGUAGAUGGUAGCACAAUAACAUCAUUUUGUGUUCAUGAGUGUGAAGGAUCAAGUCGUAUGGGCUCCAGACCACGACGAUUUAUAUUCACUGGUCAUAGCAACGGAGCAAUCCAGAUGUGGGAUCUUACAACAGCACUUGAUCUCUCUAGUCGUGGAGAACCAGUGAAUCAGAUGUCAGGAGGGCCAACAGCUGAAGAACUGCUUAAGCUGCUUGAUCAAUGUGAUCUCAGUAAUAGCCAUUGUUCCACACCAUGCAUUUCACCAUGUCCGUCAGCAGCAGCAAAUUCUGCAGCACGCAUCAAGACUUCAAAUGUUGUUUUUCUAAAUCAGUCACAGGAAUCUAGUGAACGUAUUAGCAAUGGAACGCCUUGUUGAAUGUUGAACUGCGAACAUGAAUGAUCGUGUUGUAUUACAGACAUUUGUAUGUGUUCAGUGUUACAAUUUUUAUUAUGAAGCAUGCGUGUCUAUUUUCUUACUGGAUGUGAUGUGUAUGAAUGUGUUUUGUACUAUUUGCAUAUAUAUUUCAUGAUUCAUUAACAGUGGAUCUUAUUAAAAAUAAGAAAAUGAAAUUUUAGUAAUCAUCA